GUUAACCUUAUUCUCGUACACUUGUUACAUAGGUGAUUAAAACUAAAUAAAUACAGAGUGUAUUUCCUUUUAAAAAUGGGUAAAUGUUGUUCAAAACAUAAAGGGAAACUACAACAAUCAACAAAAACUACCGAUGAAGUAUUUAUAUAUAACCACCCUCGUCCUGAACUAAUACGGGAACCGCCUAUUGAAAUUGUCAGUUCUGAGACAAACAGGAUGGAAUUCAACAGUAAAGACACUGAUAUAAUAAAGACAUUAGUAUUUAGUACUAAUUCACGGCUAAAUAAACGAUAUUUAAUUGAGAAUGUACUACUGGAAAAGGAAAAUGGAGAUUUAAAGAUGAACACAUUAAAAUACAACAGUGAACGUGCCACUUGCGAUAUGAACACAUUGGAAAACAACAGUGAACGUGCCACUUGCGAUAUGAACACAUUGGAAAACAACAGUGAACGUGUCACUUGCGAUAUGAACACAUUGGAAAACAAGAGUGAACGUGCCACUUGCGAUAUGAAAACAUUGGAAAACAACAGUGAACGUGCCAUUUGCGAUAUGAAAACAUUGGAAAACAACAGUGAACGCGCCAUUUGCGAUAUGAAAACAUUGGAAAACAACAGUGAACGCGCCAUUUGCGAUAUGAAAACAUUGGAAAACAACAGUGAACGUGCCAUUUGCGAUAUGAAAACAUUGGAAAACAACAGUCAAUUUGCUAGUUCCGAAUUGAACACAUUGAAAUACAAACUUCAACUUGCCAUUUCCGAGAUGAAAACAAUGAAAUACAAAAGUCAACUCGCUUGUCACGAGAUGAUAACCUUGGAAAACAACAGUCAACUUGAUUGCUCCGAGUUAAACAGAUCAGAAUACAACAGUCAAGGCACUGAUAGAUUACAGGCAUUAGUACUUAGUACAAAUUCCAGGCUAAACCAACGAUACUUAAUGGUGAAAGUACCACUUGAAUCGGCUAAAGGAGAUAGUAAAAGGAAUUUUCCUAACGACAACAACUUUACACCAGAAGAGGGUUUAUCAACUGAUUCUUUUUCCUUUUCGCUACCACAAAUGACAAGUCCAAGAGAUGAUCCGUUGUAUUUCCACCUCAGAGGUAUUGCCCCAGGUGACUCAAAUGCAUAAGAUUAAAUUGUUCAUGAUGAAACCGAUGUCGUUCAGGACUCAGAUCAGGGUCAUUAUUUCAAUGUUCCUUACAAUUUAAAACAAAAACAAUGACAAGCAUUAUGUAUCGGUGUAACAGACGUUUCUUUUGAUAAUCCUUUAUUUCUGGGAUUGGUGCUACUGUUUCUGACCCAAGCCUGCAUUAAGUCUGUUGUAUCUUGUUUUAAGUUUUCACCAAAUAAUAUAUAGUAUUAGAUGUUCUAGAAAAUGGCGUUGUAGGGUGUCAUUCUUGAAUGUAUUAUUAAUCAAUUCUUUGCUAAACAGUUCAUUUUCAAUCUUGGUUAAUACAAAUAUCAUAUAAAACGGAUCGAAAUAAACAAUGGCUGUAAGAAUUAUUCGAUAUCUUAUAACAAUUACGUAUUUAUUAAUCGAUGGGCAAAGUAUUAUUCAUGUAUCGACCCUUAACGUUAUGAACUUGUUCCUCAUCAUAUCGUUUAGAAGUACACGUAAUACAAAAAUGAAACAUUAUAUUACAAGAUAGUCGCAUUUACUUGUUAAAACCGUUUGUGUUCCUAAAACAGAUUUAGGACAUUACAUUCACGCAGCAUUCAACUGUGUCAAUAUUAUGCCUGAUAGAAUUCUUACUCAUCAAUACAAUUUAUCAUAAAUUAUUUUAGAAUACGUGUGAGCCAAAUAUUAUUUCCAUAUCACUGUUUAAUCAUUUUCGCUUUCGGCUCAAUAAUGCAUUAGGCUAUUGGCAUUAAAAACAAUUAUAGUUUUAUAAAAUCAUAAUUUGCACUUGAGUUAUUCAAUACGUAGUAAUAAUUGCAACACGAAUUAACUAUUGCAAUUAUUUUCCUUUAAUCUAUAUUGUAUUGUUAAAUCAUAAGCACGUGUACAUACAUGUAUUUAUAUUUACUUAUAGACAUUACAAUUAUAUUUCCAUUGUCUUAUAAAUCACAUGUAAUUAAGUCCUACAAUUAUGUUCCAUGUAUAUAUGUACAUACUCGAUCUCACUUAUAAUUAUUUUUAUG